AAAGAGAUGAUUGAAAUUAAUGGUCCAGAAAUUUGUGAAGGUGGAGAUAAAAAAAAAUUGAUUGUUUUUUUACACGGCUGGGGUUCAAGUGGUAAUAACUUUAUUCACCUUGCUAAGGUUAUGAGUAAAUCUUUGCCCGAGUCACAUUUUAUAGCACCUAAUGCUCCUUUUAAUAGGGGAGUUGAUGGUUACCAAUGGUUUAGUCUAGAAGACCGUAGUGAAAAAGCGUUAUAUAAUGGAGUAAAAAAUGCCGCAUUGAUUGUAAAUAAAUUCAUUGAUAUAAAACUAAAGGAAUUGAAUUUAAAAGAUGCACAACUCUCUCUAGUUGGAUUUUCUCAGGGAGCAAUGCUUGCAAUACAUACAUCUUUAACCCGUAUACAGCCUUGUGCAUCGGUUGUUGCGUAUUCAGGUAGGUUUAUUGCACCAACGCUAGUUGCAUCGGAGAUAAAAUCAAAACCUGCUAUAUGCAUCAUUCAUGGAGAUGCUGAUGAUGUUGUGCCUUUUUUAUCUCUCGACUUAGCAGUUAAAGCUUUAAGGGAAAAUGGAAUAAAUGCUUUAGGACAUACUAUUCAUUCACUAGGGCAUAUGAUUAAUGAUGAGGGAAUAAAAUUGGGAGUAGAUUUCAUAAGAAGAAAUUUUGAAAAUUAAAUCCCUAUUUGCAUAAUUCACA